GGCAGUGACUUUUAUUGCAGGGAUUAAAAAAUAAUUGGGAGUAAGGACUUUUGGACAGUUGCUGUAACCGGUAUGCAUGAGCUAUCAUUAUGGUGUAUGAACACACGGUGUGUGAUGGAAUAGAUCUAAACUUCAUCAUUAAUGAGAGCGACGAGGAAAACGAAGAGGAAUGGUUGAGGUCAUCGCCAAUAAAAUACUUUACCAAUGAGUUGUCACUUAGAGGUCGUCUUAAAAGAUUGUUAAUCCGAAAACCAGCAACAAGGAUACGUCUGAGAAUAUUUGAUCUUAUAUGCAAGUUGCUGUUAUGUAUUUUGUACAUUGUGCGAGUGUCCCUGGACAGACCUGUAAACUAUCAAUGCAAUGGACACCAAUGUGGCACUGGGAACGAGACGCACACUCUGCCCCAGGAUGAUGGAAGUAUGAAAUUUUCCUCUACAGCCAUCAACUGGUAUGUGAUAUUAUGGGUGGAGCGUCCCCUGUUUCUAUGGCUAUUCCAGAGCCUCUUAUCUAUCAUAACUCUCACCAAGGCCUGUCUGGACAUGUUUAUUGUCUCCAAGGGAACCUUCAUAGAAAAAGCAACACAAGAUUGCUUUAUCCUGGAGCUAGUAUGCUCCAUCCCUUUCCUAGUAACUUUAUUUCACCCCCCAUUUCUGAUGAAUCUCUACGUGCCAAGCUUUCUCAAUGUGUGGCUGGUAAAGAAAUCUCUGGAGAAGCUCUUUAAUGAUUUACACUUGACGAAGCAGAGAUUCCAGACAAUCUCUGUGACAUUAUCACAACAGUUGUUCCUGCUGGUUGUUUCCAUGGGUUGUCUUGUAUUUACAACGAUUUGUGGUAUACAGCACAUACAGCGUAGCAGUGCUACGCAUCCCCUGACGUUAUUUGAGUCGUUUUACUUUGUGAUCGUGACAUUCUCCACGGUGGGAUAUGGAGACAUCUCACCAGACAACUGGCUAGGACAACUCUUCAUGCUCACUAUGAUCUGCUUAGCAUUCGCCUUCAUCCCUAGACAGAUAGAGGGAAUACAUUCCACGUGGAAGGAGCGUAAGAAGACUGGGGGAGAGUACAGUUCUCGACAUGCCUCCGGACACAGACAUGUCGUAGUCUGUACUAGCCAUCUUAGUGCUGAGUAUACCAUGGACUUCCUGAUUGAGUUCUAUGCAAACAGGAAGUUAGAGGAUCACAUAGUAGUGCUUCUAAGUUCUGAUGAGAAGGAUACCAGUUUACAAAUUAUACUGAAGGAUCCUAAAUGGGCCCAUCGUGUGAUAUACAUGAAAGGGUCAGCACUUAAAGACACAGAUCUACAGAGAUGUAGAUUACAGGAGGCAGAUGCUUGCUUCAUUCUGGCCCCAAGUAAAUGUCACAAUAGAGAUGAGGCGGACCAGCACACUAUUUUAAGAUCCUGGGCUGUCAAAGACUUUGCACCACAGUGUAGACAAUACAUCCAGCUCUUUAAGACUGAGCACAAAUUACAUGUCAAGUUUGCUGAGCAUGUGGUUUGUGAGGAUGAGUUUAAAUAUGCCCUGUUAGCCAACAACUGUCUGUAUCCUGGGCUGUCUACAUUGGUCACUCUACUGCUUCAUACAACAAACAGAGAGUUAGGACAGGUGGGGGUACAGAGCUGGCAACAUGUUUAUGGCAGACACUCUGGGAAUGAGGUCUAUCACAUACAGCUCAGUAAAAGUGUGUUUUUCCAAAAAUAUGAGGGACAGAGUUUUACAAAUGCAUCAGCUGAUGCUCAUAAAAGAUUUGGAGUGUGUUUGAUUGGUGUUCUUGAUAUCACAAAUGAAGAGCCUCGUCUGCAGUUAAACCCAGGAUCCUCCCACAAGUUAAAGUUAUCUGAUUACUGCUUCUACAUAGGAGAAUUCAAGGAAGAAUUCUCCAAAAUUAAGUCUGAGAAUGUCAUUCUGGAGAAGAAUCCAAGUGAGAAAGCCCCAACUAACAGUAAAAAGAGUUUAGAACAAGUGUCAGAAGUCUUAGAAAAAUGGAUCAAGCAAGAACUGGAGGCAGACAGUUAUGGAGAGGAGAGUGUGUUUAACUCUACCAUUACUAAUGAGUGGGGGCAAGAAAUUGCACGUCGAAUUCGCAGGAAGAGUAGCGGGGAACUUCGUAAAACUGACACAUUUGAGGAAGAGAACUCUACAGUGAUAGAAGCUGAAGUUAACGCUAAUGUAGGAAAGGACAAAAAAGGUCCUCGUGUUCUACAGGUCCACAAAGAUAUGGGGCAGGAGCAAAUGAUAACUGGGCCACCUCCUGUCACUUUGUAUUCUGGAAACAGAAGAACACUAUGUCACCUGAUGGGCACUCCCAGACCAAAGUGUUGUCUCAAGUGGGGGGAGAACUGUGAACAUUGCACAUACAAGAAUGCUAACGAUGAUCGCUGGAAGGGACAGUUGAUUAUACUGGCUGUGGAGCACGCAUGUUCUGGGAUCCAUAACUUUAUUGUACCACUGAGAUCCCACUUUAUCAGUAGAAAUUCACUAAGUCCAAUUAUACUCCUCAUGGAAGAUAGCCCUGACGAUAUGUUCCUUAGUUCUAUUGGGCAUUUUCCUUUGGUAUAUUGGAUGAAAGGAACAAUUUCUUGCAUUGAUGAUCUACUUUUGGCUGGAAUUAACAAGGUCAGUCAUUUAGUGGUGGUCAAUCAUGAUGCAAUGAGGGAAAAUAUGGAGGAAACCAUGGUGGACUCCGAGACUAUUGUUGCUGUCCAGACCAUUGUCAAAUUAUUUCCCAACAUUAACAUCAUUACUGAGCUGAGCCAGGCCACCAGUAUAAGAUUCAUGCAAUUCCAUGCUCACAGCACACAUUAUGCAAAACAGGAUUCCAAAUUGCAAAAGGUGGUGGGUGGUAGAAUGAGUUCGGCACUCUCUCAUAUUUUUCGUCAGCCUUUUGCUGCAGGACAGGUGUUUAGUGCCAGUAUGCUAAACAGUCUCCUCUAUCAGACUUUUGUAAAAGGCUACUUGAUCACACUAGUCAGGUUGUUACUAGGUAUUGAUGCUGAGGAAAACUCUGGUCACCUCUCAAGUGUCAGGGUGCAGCGUAUGACUUAUGCCAGAUAUAGCACAUAUGGUGAUCUCUAUAAUGCCAUGGCAACAACCACUGGGGAAAUCCCUAUUGCUAUUUACAGAACAGAAGAACACCCAGAUGCAACAUCAAAUGUCCCUAAUUCAGAUAGUAAGAAUAAUAAUCACCACCUCCAGACUGAUGACAGGAAGUUCUCAACCAAAAUGAGUGGAGGAGGCUUAUUCUCAAAGCCGUCCAAUAGAAAAUCAGAGAAAGAGACUGCAGAUCUGGCUGCUUUAGUCAAGAAUCGGCUCAGAGAACUCGGCAUGAAAUCAUCAGAUUAUGAUAAAACAGAGGAGUUAGGAGUGGAUGUAGAUACAUCGGCCAACACCAUAUCCUACGUCAUCCUAAACCCGACCCCAAUGAGGAAACUUAGAGUAGGAGACAUUGUGUAUGUCAUACAACCAAGCAGCAUGGCUGCCAUUCCUAGUGGUAAAACAAGAUGGAACAUGGUGAGGAAUGCAUUAUCUGGCAAAUCUCUAGUGUCAAGGUCACUUAGUAAUCCGUCAUCCUCUAGCAUAUCACCAACAAGCAAAAGCAAUGGAAACCUACUCAAAAGAACAUCCAGUGGAUCUGGGGAACUGUAUGCUAAAGAAAAUGAAAGUGUUUUUGUGUUUCCUCUAAGAAAGUUGAGUAGCUCUGCCAAAAACAGCUCGACGGACCCCGAGAAACAGGACUUAUUAAUGCCUGAGGUUUGUAUUCCAGAGCCUGGGAUACUAGAGAGGAAGGUCUCCAGAUUCACAGUCCAUAGUGCUGCAGAUGCUUAAAAAGCUAGCAAUACUCAUAUUUUAAUAUUUUGUGUGUGCAUUGUUUGUUAAAAUUUUAUGGGAAAGGGAUAUAUUUUUCUACAGUGUCAUUUUUGUUGCUAUAACAUAGAACAUGAUAUGGUCUUAAUAUUUUUUGAUACCAGCUAGAAUUUUUUAUAGAAGUAAAGAUAUUGCACAGUAUGUAUUUUAUUGAAUACUGCAUCUUUACAUCAACAUGUAAAGAAUUGGACAGUGGUUUGAAAAAUAGGGCAUUUGUAUUUUUUUUUAUAAAUAUGAAUGAACAUUGUAGGUAGAUUUAUGCAUGCUACAUUUAGUCCAAGGUUCAGUCAUGUAGUUGACUUUCAUGUACAGGAUCAGGCUGUAUAAAACCAUUUAUUUUUUCCUGUAUUAACAAUAUGCUAUUUAUUCGGAUUUGUAUGUAUUCAAGUUUAUCGGUACAUUCUCCAGAGUUGACUUCCAUACUGUUACUGCUGUAUGUCCUACAGACUUCAUAGUUAAACAUGGAUGAUUGCGGUUUGAUUGCAGGUCUGUAUAUUUUUGUACAGUUGUGGUUUAGUAUAUAAUGGUGUCUUCCAUUUACUUCGGAAGUAAUCAGUAACCACUUUGUAAAGCCAACGUCAUAAUCAUCUAAUGAGUAAAUUUUGUUGCUGUAAUGAAUGACUCAGGUUAAAUCCACUCUGUAGUGUGCCAAAGAUUCACCAUAUUAGAGAUUAAUUCUUUUGGUUGUAUCAAAGGAUGUUUGAGGCCUACCAUAGAAUCAUUUAUCUUUCAUGCCAUAGAAUAGUUGUCUCACACGUGUUUAAGGUUCAAUGUAUUACAGUUUAUCAUAUCACAAUGUAGUGUAUAACCAGAGAAAAAGAACUAGUACUUGUCAUUUUUAUACGUAACUAAUUUCUCCUGCAAGUCUUUCCUAUUGUAUGUCUUCCAACAGGGACCUGAGGAACAAGAAUUUUAAUUUAGUGUUUUACAUGUAUAAGGGUUUUUUUUAUAGCAGUCAUAUUUUUUCUCCCUGAUUGGUUUUUUGUUUAUAAAUCUAAUGUACUAUGGAUCAAGAAGAAUUAAAUCACUGCAGGUGUACAUGUAUGUAUCCUUAUCAAAGACGAUGUUAAAUUAUUUAUAAAUGCAUGUGUAUUCAUUUUCAAUCAUUAUUACAUGUCAUACUGUAUUUCAUUUAACAUAUUUCUUAUUUCAAAGACAUAAGUGCUAGCACACUACAAUUCAUGUAUAAUGAUGAUUGAAGGAAAUGGUAUUUCUUUCACAAGAAUUGUAAUGGAAGGUGCUUGGAAAACUUGGUACUUUCAUGGUAUGGUGAAAGGAUUGUUAGCCUAAUAAUGAAAACACCGAAAUAAUAACAAAUUGAUGAUAAAUAAACCUCCAUGUAUAUCUUUUUGUUAAUAAUGAGAAAUUAUCAGUGUUUGUACCUGUUUUAUAUUGUUUAAAAUGCUGAGUAGUUAGUCCUUUGAUGUGUAGUGACAUAGUGUCAAUUGAUGUCUCUUUUUGGUUGAUUUGUUGAUUGUUGUACCUGUACCCAUUUUUUAGAAGUUCAGUGUGUUUACUCAACAGGAAUCUCAUUGUUGUCAUCUUAUAAAUGCAUUCCAAACUAAUUUGGUGUUCAUUUGAAACUUGCCAUAUCAGUAGGAUUUCCAGACAUUUCCCUUUUUUAUGGAAUAUGUUUUAAAGACUUGUAAAUCUGUUAUAUAUUUGUUUAUGACAGCAUUUUUACAGUUAUUUUUAUUUCGUUGAAUGCUUGAGAAUUUUCUGUGCUCGGGUCUUAUGGUGCUUUGCUUAUGAACAUUUUUCCUUUGAAACAUCAGAAUAGAUAAUGAUAAAUUUA